GAGAGAGAGAGAGAGCUGUAGAGAGUCGGAGAAAAACAGAGAUGUGUAGAUAGAAAAAAAAAACUUCUAUCAUACACAUUUUAUCAAACACCUUUCAUACAAUCUUUAUUAUAGUAAACGCGACUCUCCUAUCCUAACAUUAGUUAUAUAUCUAGAGAAAAACAAACCACUUCUAUCACACAUUUUAUCAAACAUCUUUCGUACAGUCUUUAUUUUUCUUAACGCGAUAGUUAUAUAUAUAUAUAUGUAGAGAGAGAUCAAACCAAUUCUAUCAUAGACAUUUUAUCAAACACCUUUCGUGCAAUCUAACGCGACUAUAUAUACAUUACAUACCCGGUAAAUAUGAAGUUUUUUGUUGAAUUGGUGGCGUGCUGUGGCUGUAAUUCAUCUCGUGUGCGACAGGUUGAAGCAGAGGAGAUGGGACCUCUUGUACCUGCAGCUGCUGAAACGUCGUCUGAUGAUAACAAUAAUAAUAGUAAUAAAAUUGUUAUGUAUAAAAGGAGGAAGAGAGGGAGAAGAGUGAGAGCGAGAUCUGCUGGUUCAUUUCCUGAUUGGAAACCGUCUCUUUCGUCUAUAUCAGAAGAUCAUGAUGCUUUGCCUACAAGAAUGGCUGUUAAUUCCAACAGGAAUCUGAAGAAGAACGCAACUGCUUCUCGUCAUCAUCAUCGUGAUAAAGUCAGGAUAGCUUGCUUUUCUGGAAUGGGUCCAGCAUUUGCUCCCACUCCUUUCUUGAUUUGAUAUUGGGACUAAUCCAAAUUACCCUCAUGCCCUCUUUUGUUUUGUAAAUUUAAACUCUGUCUAUCGUGUAAAGUUUUUUUUUUCUUUUUUCUUUUUUCAUUUCUCUUCAAUUUCCAUUAUGUUCUCUCUCCCUAUCUGUAUUAAUACAAGGACUGUAAUAUUUGUAAAAACGAAAAAGAAACAAAAAACACUCCAAAACUACAUUAAGUAUAUAUGGAUAAACUUAUUGAGAAUGUUUGUUUAAUAAUGGAAUUUGUCCCUUCGCCUAUAGACGGCGGCUUGGCUU